AUGAGGGCUGAGGUUCCAACACGUGGUAUCAUCACCAGUGUCGAAAAACUCCACCGCAACCGCAACCGCCACUUCCACCCGGCAACGAACCAGGUGAUGAGGAGCAUGAAGGGGCUCGAGGAGGUGGAGAUCAUUCGGCCGGGGUACGACGUAGAGUACGACUACGUGGACCCUCGCAGCUGCAGGCACACCCUCGAGACCAAGAAGAUCAAGGGGCUCUACCUCGCCGGACAGAUCUGCGGCACCACCGGCUACGAGGAAGCUGCUGCACAGGGCAUCGUCGCGGGAGCUAACGCUGGUCUGAAGGCUGUCGGAAGGCCCGAGUUCACCGUGGGCCGGGACGAGGGGUACAUCGGGGUCCUAGUAGACGACCUCGUCACCAAGGGAGCCGACGAGCCAUACCGAAUGUUCACUUCCAGGGCUGAGUACCGUCUAUAUAUGCGGGCGGAUAAUGCCGACUUGCGCCUCACGGCCAAGGGGUACGAGGCGGGGAUCGUCGGCGAAGAGCGGAUGGAGUUCAUGAUGGCCCGGGAGGCGGCGGUGGCGGAGGGGUACGGCCUAGACCUGCAGUUCGGCAACAAGGGGGCGGACGGACGGAGAAAAAACGCCGCUGAGAUGGUGCAACUCCCGGACGUCCCGCUGGAGAUGGUCGAGGCUGCCAUGCGCGACACGCACGCGCAGGACCGUGUGGACGAGCUGAGGAGCCGAGAGAAGGCGCUCGACGCUGCCGUGAAGGCGAUGGGGGUCGAGGCGACGCUCAAGGACAUCGGGUGGGACCAGGUUGCCGAGGGACGAGAUCCCCUUGAGGUGUUGGAGGACGUGCGAGAGGCCGGCGCAAGAGAGCUGUCCAAGGUGUCCACCUUCGAAAGGACGCCAGACUUCGCCAGGGAGACCGUGGAAGCCUCGUGCAAGUACAUGAACUACAUGGACAGACAGGUGAAGGAGAUGGAGAGCUGGAGAAGAAAUCAAGACUUCAGGAUUCCCGCAGAUAUACAAUACACCCACGACCUGCUGCCGUCGAUGUCUGCCGAGGAGCUGGAGAAGCUCAACACCGUCAGGCCGGAGACUUUCGCAGCGGCCUCUCAGAUGCAGGGCAUCACGCCGCAUUCCCUGGUGUACCUUUACAACCACAUCACUAGGAAGAGCAAGGACCAAGAUGCGGAGCGCGCCAAAGAAAUGGUGGCCCAUCACUUCAUGGAGGCCGAUGAAAUCAGGGAGGCGUCGUCGGAAUCGCCGGCUUCGACCGCCGCCACCGCCGCCACCGCCGCCACCGCCGCCGCAUCGUCUUUGACGGCAUGACCCGUCACCGGCUUCUUUCGUUCAUCUGCCCCACCGGUAACUUAAGCCACCUCGUCUACAAGGAAGGAAGUGCGUUCUUGUAUUGGGUUUGCGCUUCUCCCAUGCUCUCCACGAAGGAAGACGUAUGUUGCUGGCUGAACACCUGUCCACAGGCCCACGUCAUGCGCUGGAGCUGAUUGUUGCAAAAGCUCAUGGUUGGGUUGAUUGCAAGGGGGAGAGUGGUUGAAGCACGCCGAAAUAUUCUGAUAAGCGAAACCGGAAAGGCCUUAGCGGGAGAAGAGGAAGCAUAGAACGAGGGGAUGCCCGAUGGUGCGAUAUCCACAUUGCUUCCAGUAGGCUACGAGGCGACAGAGAGAUACUGAUGAGAACGGUUAUUGGUCGGGUUGGGAGCUAUGUUGCUGCUCUACCAGGUUAUCGGGUGAGUGCUAUCGGUGAACCUCGUACAGCUUUCUUUAACGCUCGGCAUUGCCCGCCUUCAUCUUGCUUUUCCGAGGGAAGUGAUUGAUACGGUGGUGGCAAGGGCUGGAGGUUGGGUCUGUUGGUACUGCGUGUGGUAACAGCUAUUUUUUCUUUCGCUAUUGCUCGAGUUGCCUAAUAGUCGGGUGAGUGCGUGAAUUCGCGUGUCGUUGUUUAUACAUACAUUACGAGUUGGCAAAAGGAAUGCUGCUCCUGCGGCUAUGUAAGCGACUAUUCGGCCCCGCAAGUUGUCCCGUUCCCUUCCCACAGAUGCUGGUUGGGUUGGGAUUUCGGCUGUACGGUGCGGAACACGGAAUCUACAUCGGCGUUGUUUGCGCAUUUUAGUGAAGAGGGCUGCUAUUUUCGGAACAAGUCCCCCGUACAUUGUAAAUUCGCCUGUGCCAAAGGAGGUAGAAUCCAGGUCCU